AUGCCCACCGCCCUCUCAGCUCCCCGCUCGCGCGACCGCGCCCCGCCCGCGAAGAAGGCAAAGUUGGCCCAGCCGCAUGCCUCUGUCACAGCCCGCCAGAAUGGUCUCAAGGCGCUAGCUGGCGGCAGCACAGCCAAGCCCACAGCCAAAACCAUCGGCCUCAAGAAUUCGCGCGCUGAAAAGGUCGACGACGCUACGGCGGCCAUCCAAGGGCCUGCUGAUGCCCACAUGGCAGAUGCGGACGUCAUUGAAAUCAGCAGCGCCGACGAGCAGAGCGAUGACGAUUCCGAUGAUGCGCACGGCCACUCCGCACACACCAGCGUCGACCAAGACACCCCCGCUCCCAAUGCCGCUGCAGAUGAGGACAAUGAAGAUGUUACUUUCGGUGACCGCUUGCGUGCAGAGGCUCCCGAGCCUGUACAAGAGUCGCGCAUCAUCAGCGUCGAGGAUGCUUUCGAACCAAACCCAGAGCGCACCGUAGCUGCGAGAAAAGACCGCCCGCUUGCGCCGCCCAAUGCAAACUCUCUCGGCACCGUCCUAACCCAGGCGUUGCGCACAAACGACAAGGAGCUUCUCGAUUCCUGUCUGCAGGUUGUCGAUGUAGAAUCCGUAUAUGCCACUGUAGAACGGCUGCCAUCGUCCCUCGUAGGAACACUGUUGCAGAGACUGGCCGAGCGCCUGCAUCGGAGCCCCGGCCGCGCAGGCAUGUUGAUGGCCUGGGUGCAAUGGUCACUCGCCGCCCACGGUGGAUAUCUGGCAUCGCAGCCGCAAAUCGUCAAGCAACUCACCGCACUCAACAAAGUACUCAAGGAGCGCUCGAGCGGUCUGAUGCCUCUCAUGUCGCUAAAGGGCCGCCUGGACAUGCUUCAGGCCCAACUCGACCUAAGGAAACGCAACCAAGCCGCCAAUGACGAUGCUGACGAGGCCCUCAUUUACGUUGAAGGCCAGGAUGACUAUGUCUCCGACGACGAGUCGGUUGAGGGUGCCACUGCGACGCCAAAGAGAUUGCGCGCAGAAAUGGAAGACGACGAGGACAGUUCUUCGGACGAAAUGGGCUUGAAUAUGGAAAUGGAUGAUGUUUCAGACGAGGAUAGCGAAGGCUCGGAUGACGAUCUCAUUGAUGAUGAGGCCGAAGAGACGGACGAUGACGAGGGCGAGGAUAUGUCAGACCCCAUGAGCGACGGUAUGGAUGACGGUGGUGCCUCUGAAAGCGAGGACGAGUCCAAGCCAGAGCGACGGUCCACAGCCGCAAGGGCUGGGCUUAAAAGCCGGCGUUGA